GACCAGUGCCCCCCUCCAGCAUGGCUGGGGCGUAGCCCCCCCCCCGCAGCCCCACCUGCUGGUCUGGUUCCCCCGUAUGCGCCCGGAGCGGGGCCCAGCCAAUGAGAGAGCGGAGACGAGGCUCCGCCUACUGCGGCUGCGCUAGGGGACGGAUGGGGAGGACGAUUGGCAGCCAGAGGAGGGGCCCCGCGUGAUUGGCCGGAUUCCUGGAGCGCGUCGCAAGAGGUGCAUGAGGCUGUGAGCGCGUCCCACGGCGCCGGGGGAGUCUCAGCCAGGAGGAGCCGCGGGGGCCGCCCGUCGCUCGCACCCCGGGGGGGGCGGAGGGGGGGACAGAGGCAUCCAGCGCGGCAGGAGUGGCUGGAUGCAUCGCACCGUGGAACAGCUGGGGGGCCGGGCCGGACGGGAUCCCUUCGCUCUCGGCAGCCUGAGCUGCGGCGGGGCCUGGAACCCCUGUCACCCCCGCCCAUGGCUCCCAGGCGGCAGGUGCUCUGCCAGCAUCGGACAGCCCCAGCUGCCCCCACAUCUCCCGUCACCUCAUGGCACUAAUAUCGGGCACCCCAACAAACCCUAUUUCCCCUCUGGGAACUCUGCCCCCCGGCCCCUGCAUGGCAAGCUGGAGGCCAUCCACGGCUGCGUCCAGGCCCUGCUGCGGGACCCGGUGCAGCCGCAGCUGUGGGAGCAGCUGGGGCAGGUCUACGAGUCGGAGCAGGACUGGGAGGAGGCCGUGCGGUGCUACCAGAACGCGGCCCGCUACCAGCGCGACUAUGGCAGCUACAGCGAGAUCAGCGCCCGCAUCGGGCGCCUGCAGCAGGCUCAGCUGUGGAAUUUCCACUCGGGCUCGUCCCAUCACCGGAGCAAGGCCCUGCCCCCCCUGCAGCAGGUGUGGAACCUCCUGCACCUCGAGAAGCGGAAUUUCUCAGCCAAGCGCAGCCCCCAGCUGAAGCGGCCGGCGCCCCCCAUGGAGCCCCCCGUGGUGCAGCCCGUCCCCCCCGCCCAGCCCCCGCCCCACCCCGGGCACGGCGAGGAGCUGCCGAGCCCCCUGAAGCGGAGGAGGAGGAGCGCCAGCCCCGAACCGAGCGGGAACGUGGCCGGGCCGCCCCCCCCGGGGCCCCCCCACUACCAGCUGCCCAAGCCCGGGCUGUGGAACCCCCUCCACGGCGAGACGUGGGGGCCCGAGCGCCAGAACGUGGCUGCGCCGGAGAGACAGGAGCCGAGGAAUUCGGUCGCCCACCCCUUCCCGUACCCGGCUCCCGCCUACGGCUCGCACCCGCCCCCCCACCGCCCGCCCCCCGGCCCCCGCCCCUCCGGCGAGAGCCUCGGCGGCCCGGCCCGCGCCCCUGGAAGUGACCUUAGAGCCAGCCGGGUCCCCCGGGGGCGGCCGGACCCCAGCACCUCACCAGCCAGCGUCACCUGCGUGCCUUACGCCCCCCGGCCCCCCCCGGCCGGCCCCCCCACCAGCAAGGCCCCGCGGGGGGAGCCGGGCCCCAGCUUGGUUCCUGACCGUUACCAAACCCCGGCCCCCUCCAGCCCGGCCCCGGAGAACGUGGAGCACCCGCCCCCCGGCCCUGCCCCCCACCCCUCCUCCAGCCGGCCCUGCGCCCCCCCGCCCCCCUCCUCCGCCAGCCGGGGGCCCCCCGAGCCGGGCCCCGCCCCGCCCCCCCUGCCCUGGCUGAAGGGCCCAGGCGUCCGGGACCAGGGGGAGGGCGCGGCCGGGGGGGACCCCCUGGACGAGAUCCUGUUCGGGUGCGAGGGGGAGCCCCGGCUGGGUCCCCGCGACGCGGCCGGGCCCCGGGGGGGCUUCCACGAUUCCGCCACCAGCAGCCAGGGGAGUCGGGGGGCCACGGCGCCCCGGCCGGAGGGCGAGCCCCACCCCCCGCCACCCCCCACCCCCUCCCCGCCCCCUCCCGCCUACCGCUGCGCCUUUGCCAAGCAGGAGCCCCCCGACUUCUGGCUGGAGACGCCCCCCCGCGAGGCUCGGCCCCCGGAGGGCGGGGAGGGGGUCCCCCAGGCCUCCCCCGGCCCCCCAAAUACCUCAGGAAACGUCCGGCCCCCGCCGAGCCCCCCGCCCCCGCCGCCCAGGGCCGCCUACCCAAAGACGCUGCCUCCGGAGCCGGGCCCCCCGCCGGGGACCCCCCCCGGGGCGGCCCGGCGCCUCUUCGACUUCCCCGGCGCCCCCCUGGAGGACCAGUUCGAGGAGCCCCCCGAAUUCGCCAAGAUCCUGCCCGACGGCUUGGCCAACAUCAUGAAGAUGCUGGACGAGUCCAUCCGGCGGGAGGAGGAGGACCGGGAGGCCGGGGGGGCCGGCUUCCCGCCCCCUCCCGCCCCGCUCCUGCCCGGCCCGCCCCCCCUGGCCAGACCAAAGCCGCCGCCGGCCCCCCCGUUCGAGUACCCCAAGCCGGAGCCGCCCCGGCUCUACCCCUUCGGCAAGCGGGAGGAGGCCGGGAAGGGCCCCCCGCCCAGCACCGCCAGCCUGCUGCGGUCGCUGGCCAGCGUGCUGGAGGGGCAGAAACACGCCUACCGCGCCAGGCCGCCCGCCGGGGCCAAGAAGCCCCCGCCGCCGCCGCCGCCGCCGCCGGCACCGGCGUCUUCCUCGCCGUUUCCUACCUCAAGCCCGGCCUGGGGCGAGGCGCCGGCGGGGGCCUCGCCGGAGCCCCGGGCCCCCAAGACGGAGUCGGAGGUGCUGGAGGAGAUCAGCCGGGCCUGCGAGACCCUGGUGGAGCGGGCGGGGCGGGAGCCCACCCCGCCGCCGCCCCGCCGGCCGGAGAAGGAGCACCGGCGGCACCGGCGGGCCGGCAAGGACGGGCGGCGGCGCCGCCGCGACGGCAAAGCCCCCAAGGAGAGGAACCGGCAGGUGCUGGGCGACCUGGACCCGCAGCGCGCCGGCUGCCAGGGCCGGGAGAACGGCGCCCAGGGCGAGGCGGGCAGAGCCGGCAAGCCGCCCGCCGCCGCCGCCGCCAACGCCGGCAUCCCCCCGCCCCAGCGCCGCCCGCCCCCCCGCAAGGAGGAGGGCCCGGGGCCCGGCCCCGCCGCCGGCGGCGUGUGCCCGGCCGACCUGCUCAAGCUGCGCGCCCUGACCGAGGGGCCCCCCAAGGAGCUCAAGAUCCGGCUCAUCAAGGUGGAGAGCGGGGACAAGGAGACCUUCAUCGCCUCCGAGGUGGAGGAGCGGCGCCUGCCGCUGGCCGAGCUCACCAUCGGCCACAGCGCCGCCGAGGUGGUGCGGGCCAGCAAGCACGCCAAGGUGAAGGGGAAAUUCAAGGAGUCGUAUCUCUCGGCCGCCCAGUCCGUCAAACCCCCCGUCCCCGAGGAGACGCUGCCCCGGGACAAGCUCAACCCCCCCACGCCCAGCAUCUACCUGGAGAGCAAACGCGACGCCUUCUCGCCCGUCCUGCUGCAGUUCUGCACCGACCCCAAGAACCCCAUCACGGUCAUCCGGGGGCUGGCCGGCUCCCUGCGCCUCAACCUGGGCCUGUUCAGCACCAAGACGCUGGUGGAGGCGAGCGGGGAGCACGCCGUGGAAGUCCGCACCCAGGUGCAGCAGCCCUCGGACGAGAACUGGGACCUGUCGGGCACCCGCCAGGUGUGGCCGUGCGAGAGCAGCCGCUCGCACACCACCAUCGCCAAGUACGCCCAGUACCAGGCCUCCUCCUUCCAGGAGUCGCUGCAGGAGGAAAAGGAAAGCGACGAGGAGGAUGCCGACGAACCCGACAGCACCACGGAGACGCCCCCCAGCAGCAACGUGGACCAGAAAUCCCCCCAGAUCAUCAAAUUCGGGACCAACAUCGACCUGUCCGACGCCAAGCGGUGGAAGCCGCAGCUGCAGGAGCUGCUGAAGCUACCAGCCUUCAUGCGGGUCACGUCGACAGGGAACAUGCUGAGUCACGUGGGUCACACCAUCCUGGGCAUGAACACGGUGCAGCUCUACAUGAAAGUGCCAGGCAGCCGGACGCCGGGCCACCAGGAGAACAACAACUUCUGCUCCGUGAACAUCAACAUCGGGCCGGGCGACUGCGAGUGGUUCGCGGUGCACGAGCAUUACUGGGAGACCAUCAGCGCCUUCUGUGACAGGCACGGCGUGGACUACCUGACGGGCUCCUGGUGGCCCAUCCUGGAGGACCUGUACAAGUCGAACAUCCCCGUGUACCGGUUCAUCCAGCGCCCCGGGGACCUGGUGUGGAUCAACGCAGGCACCGUGCACUGGGUGCAGGCCACGGGCUGGUGUAACAACAUCGCCUGGAACGUCGGGCCGCUCACAGCCUAUCAAUACCAGCUGGCCCUGGAGCGCUACGAGUGGAACGAGGUGAAGAACGUGAAAUCCAUCGUGCCCAUGAUCCACGUCUCGUGGAACGUCGCCCGGACGGUCAAGAUCAGCGACCCCGACCUCUACAAGAUGAUCAAGUAUUGCCUCAUGCAGUCCAUCAAGCACUGCCAGGUGCUGCGGGAGACGUUGGUGUGCGCCGGGAAGAAGAUCGCCUACCAGGGCCGGGUGAAGGACGAGCCGGCGUACUAUUGCAACGAGUGUGACGUGAGUGCCGGGGCAGGCGAGGGGGGUUCCCGCUGCCGCCGCUAGCUACCGGCCAGCUCCUCUAGCACCCGCCGGGCACUAGAGGUGGCUGUGUUGCCAGAUUUUUCCCGUCCUUCGGCCGAGACAGCCACACCCCUCGGCCUCGAGGGCUGGUGACCCGGCCCGACCCGCACCCGAGGGCGUCCCUUCCGCUUCCAAACCAUCAACCUGCCGCUUCAGUCGGAGAUGGGAUCCGCCGUCCCUGAACUGUCGGGCAGAGUUGACUGCGCCCCUCCUCGGAGGUGGGCGCAGCGGAGACCCAACCGAACCACCCUUCUUUGCUUCACUGUCUCCCAGCUCGGAUUCUGCUCUGACAGGGUGUGUGGUUAAUAAAAUCCACGGUUAAGGAGAAUCCACCUUUGUGGGCAGCAGGGAAUGCCAGGUUGAGCUCUGUGCAUGAGAAUUGUUUAUUCUUUAAAGUGCCUCCUGUCCCACAUCCAGUUUGGGAUUUCGUUGCGGCGUCAGCCUCGUCCGCACUAAGAGACGGGUUCCGUAACGGGCUAAAAGCCAGAAACAGUGAGUAUGAAACGCGGUUUGUUUAAAAAAGAGAGAGAGCGAGUUUUGGAGACGUGGCCGCCAACCCGUUGCCGCUGAAAACGGAAGAGGCGGAUCGUGACCGAGGCGGCGGAACGGCGCGGCCGGACGGGGAGGAAACGGAGCGACGCCCAAACGUGGUGCAAACGGACUCGGCGAAAGGCGGGGGAGGAACGUGACGAGAGCGACUCGGCGAAAGGGGGCAAAACCGGAUUAGCGACUGGGCUCAAAGGGGUGGAAACCGAGGAGCGAGGAGUCUGUCUAAAUGGGAAGGAAAUGGAUUCCUGACUCGUCGUAAGGGGGAGAAAAUGGAGGAGAGAUUUGGCUAGAUGCGGUGUGGAAGAAUUAGCCAUCAUGCUAAAUAUGGAGUAAAUGGAUAAAGAAUUUAGCCGAACGGCACAACCAGGAUGCAGAGGUCAGAAUGGAGGGCAGAGCCGGUCCGCGACGUGGCUAACGUAGGUGGAUUAGCAAUUUAAACGGGCCGAAAAACGGAUCCGUCCUCUGGCUAAACGGGAUGCACACGGAUUAGCCAAGCGGCUACACGCGGUGAAUCUGCUCAGCGCGGCAUAAAUUGAUUGGUGACCCGGCUGAACAAGGUUUCAAUGGAUUCACGACUCCACAGAACCGGACUCGGCGAAAGGCGGUGCAGCCCGAUGAGCGACCCGGUCAGACCCGGCGUAAACAGUUUAGCGACUCGGGUCACUGGGGUGCCGGCGGAUUCGCCACUCGGGGCAAAGCCACCCAGGUGGGAUUCGCGACGUGGCUAACCCUGGCAGGACUGGACUGGCCGUGCAGACAGGUGAGCGGUUUGGCUACGCACGGCAGAAAUGGGUCGGCCGCUUGGCUACGCAGGGAGAAGACGGACGAGCCACUGGGCGAAACGUGGUGUAAAUGAAUUGGCGACGGAUGAAGAGGGAAGAACUGAGAGAACAGGAGGACCGGGCGCUUGGUGGCCGGAGAGGAGGAUGCCGGAGCCUGGGACGGGAUCGGAGACGGCCGUCAGCAGUCAGGGCCGGCCGCAGAGCAAAGCACCAAGGGCAGAUUGGCCGAACCGCCGUGGGAAGACGCGGCCGACCGGCUCUUAAACGCAGCCCAGCUUAUGGGCCGUGACUCGCCCUGCCGGGGAUCCCCGGGGACCCUCCAUGGGGGGCGACAUUCGGGGCAGCCAGGGCUCCGCAUCGAGGGAGAGCCCCUGGCGCCGGAGACCUGACACCGGCAGAGCACGGACUAGUGUGCGAACCAUCUGGCACCGUCGCGGUGCGGCCGCAGUGUGUCAUGUGCCUCUUAAAGCACCGGGGCGGGACCCAGGACUCCUGGGUUCUCUCCCCGGCUCUGGGAGGGGAGUGGGGGCUGGUGGCUGA